AUGGCUGAUUUACCGGUAUCCUCGUGGGCUAACGGAAUUGGUCACGGUAACUUCGGCGCAAUUCCUGGCGACCCGGUGCAGAACCUAGCCUUCAGGUUGGAAAAUCGCUGGGUGGCCGCUCGGGAAUAUUUAAGCGAUUACAUUGAUGCGAUCCAGAAGGAUGAAGCCCGCUACCAUGAUAGUUCGCCCGCAACGGACGAAAACAUCUUGGCCACCACAAAUAAGCCACCAAGAAACCAUGAUAUUGCUGUCGCACACGAUCUUCUCCAACGGGAGCUCGUAUUUUGCAAGGAGAUGCUUAGCACCGCGGGGAAGCUUGCGCUAAGUGCAUGGAAAUAUUUGCACCAGUUCGUGCCUGGAAUCCACGAGCUUUAA